GGGGCGGUCGGAGGCCGUGCGCCUGGAGCCACCAGCGCGCCCUUCGCGCUCUGCCAUCCCCUGGCACCGCCACUAGGCCGUCCGGCCACCAGCCCCAGCCCCGAGGACACGAGCGGCGCGGCCAGCCGCCCCCGGAUCCCUGGUAGGUCUGCUCUGCAGCCCCCAGGGGACCUAGUACCCGUGAGCAGGUAGGGACACCGGGCCUGCAGCGCAGGGGGGGCGGCGUGUGGAACAUGACUCCAUCACCCAGUGUUUCUCACGCCGCCGGAGGCCACACCCACCUGCGCCCAUGGCCAGCACAGGCCCGUCCCUUUCUGGCGCCUUUGACAUUCUAGGCGCGGCGGGCCAGGAUAAGCUCUUGUAUCUUAAGCACAAACUGAAGACCCUGCGGCCAGGCUGCCGGGGGGCGGACCUCCUGCAUGCCAUGGUGCUCCUAAAGCUGGGCCAGGAGACCGAGGCCAGGAUCUCCCUGGAGGCGCUGAAGGCGGACGCUGUGGCGAAGCUGGUGGCCCGCCAGUGGGCUGGUGUGGACAGCACUGAGGCCCCAGAGGAGCCCCCAGACGUGUCCCGGGCCGUUGCCAGGGUGUACCACCUUCUUGCCGAGGAGAGGCUGUGUCCAGCGCCAAUGCGGGAGGAGGCCUACCGCGCAGCCAUCCGUGCUUUCAGGUCCAGGGACGACCCCCAGCUGGGGGAGCUCCAGGAAGAGGCACGAGACCGGUGCGGAUGGGAGGUCCUUAGGGACCUGGAGGGCACCCAAACUCUCCACUCCGAUCUGGGGUGCCUCCUGCCGUCCUCGGCAUCACCCUCCGGGACCCGCAGCCAUCCGUGGCCCAUCGAGGACCUUUCGGAGUGGAGCAGAGGGCAUUCCCUGAGAUCCACCGGCAGCCCCGCCUCCCUGGCCAGCAACUUGGAAAUUAGUCAGUCGCCCACCAUGGCCCUCCUCAGCAGUCACCACAGCCCCCACGGGCCCAGCAAGCUGUGUGACAAGCCCCGGCCCAGCCCAGUGCCCGAGCCUGCCCCUAUGGGCUGCCAGGAGCCCGAGGAGAUGAGCUGGCCCCCAUCAGUGGAGGCUGCCAGGCCCCCGGCGCGGCCAAACAGCCCAGCCCCCAGGCUUCCCGAGGUGGCCGCAGAUGCAUGCCCCGCCAGCCUGCACGACCCCCCGGAAGCUCCGAAAACCAGCACUCACCACCCGGUGGAGUGCACGGAUGUGCCAGCAGCUCCCAAAUCUCUCCCCUCGCGUUCCAGAAACGCCUGCCCUGUCGCGGAUCAGUCGCCAAUCCAACUUUCAGAGGAAGACACCACUUACCCGGCGGCUCAGCCACGCCCACCGACUCCAUCGGCCCCCAAAACGUCCUCUCCCUUUUCGUCUCCAUCGACCCCUCCUAAGGCUCACCCUACCGUCUCGAAGCCAGGGCCCCCUCCUCCUGAGCUGGAGUCGCCAGAGCAGAAAUUCUAUAACUUUGUGGUGCUGCACGCUGGCGCUGACGAGCACAUCGCGUUGCGCGUGCGCGAGAGGCUGGAGGCCCUGGGCGUGCGCGACGGCGCCACGUUCUGCGAAGAUUUCCAGGUGCCAGGGCGCGGCGAGCUGCACUGCCUGCAGGACGCCUUAGACCACUCGGCCUUCACCAUCCUGUUGCUCACCUCCAACUUCGACUGCCGGCUGAGCCAGCACCAGGCGAACCAGUCUCUGAUGAGCAGCCUCACGCGGCAUGGGUGGCAGGAUUGCGUGAUCCCCUUCCUGCCCCUGGAGAGUUCCCUGACCCAGCUCAGCCCCAGCACGACCAGCCUGCUCAACGCCCUGGUGUGGCUGGACGAGCACUCCCCGAUCUUCGCCAAGAGGGUGGCCAACACCUUCAAGUCCCAGAAGCUGCGGGCCCGCAAGGCCAAGUGGAGGAAGGAACAGGAUAUCCGGGCCCUGCAGGAGCAGAGCAAACACCUGGAGGGUGAGUGGCAGCAGGCAGCGGCGUGGAGUGCCGCGCACUCGGCUUACCUCCAUAACUACCUGUCGUACCAGAUGCAGAUGGAGAAGCUCCAGGUAGCUUUCGGGAACUACAUGCCAUUUGAGACUCAGCUGCCUUCUGUGCCUCAGGUGCCCUUUGGGGGACCGGGGACCCUGGGAGCCCCACCACCACCCUUUCCCACGCGGCCGGGCCAUCAGCCGCCGCCCCUGCCUCCUUGGCUGGCGGGCAUGCCCCCACCGGCCUUCCCGCAGCCCCCGGUGGCUUUCCCGCAGCCCCAGGCCUUCCCGCAGCCCCCGGACUUCCCACAGACUUCACCCGUGCACUCUCAGGGGCUGCAGCCCCUCAUCAUACACCAUGCGCAGAUGGUACAACUGGGACUCAACAACCACAUGUGGAACCAGAGAGGGAUGCAGGCGCCCGAGGACAAGACGCCAGAAACGGAAUGACCAAGUGACUGGACUUGAUGACCUCGGCCUUGAUUCCCCAUCUCCAGGGGUUAGUGGAACAUGGGGUCGUUUGCUACUUUCAGGACACUGCCGGGAAAAUUGACCACAUGACUUUCUGGCCCUUGAGGUAGCCAGAAUUGGAUGUGUUUACAAAUUCUCAGUCAAUCCCUCCCUCUCUCUGGACCGUGGUGGUGGGGAAUGGGUUGGAGGUAUGGGUAUGGUGUUUUAAUUGUAAUAAAUAUUUAUUGAAUGCUU